GGAAAUGUCAACAAAAUGAGGUGGUGUUUUUGAACGUUUGGCAGAAAAAAACCCGCAUACACACUCUCUUGUCUACUUGUCCUGCAGAGGAGAACUACAGGAAGAGAUCCUUGUUGGAAGUCGCAGGUUUUAACCUCUUAAAAACAGUGCUUCUGAGAGGCAUGAAUGACUUUGCAGUUCUCAACACGGGGCGGAAGAUGCCCCUCCUUGGACUGGGGACGUGGCUGAGCGAGCCAGGAAAGGUGAAACAAGCUGUUAUUUCGGCCUUAGAGACCGGGUAUCGCCAUAUUGAUUGCGCAGCCAUCUACGGCAAUGAGGUUGAGAUUGGAGACGCCCUGGAGGAGACGCUGGGCCCCGGCAAGGCGCUGAGAAGAGAGGACGUGUUCAUCACAUCCAAGCUGUGGAACAACCGACAUCACCCAGAGGAUGUGGAGCCGGCCCUCCUCAAGACCUUGAAGGACCUGAAGCUGGAGUACCUGGACCUCUACCUCAUCCACUGGCCCUAUGCCUUCCAACGAGGAGACGUUGCUUUUCCCAAAAAUGAUGAAGGAAAACUGCUGUAUGACGACAUAGACUACAAGUUGACCUGGGCAGCCAUGGAGAAGCUGGUGGAGAAGGGCCUGGUCAGAUCCAUCGGCCUGUCCAACUUCAACAGUCGGCAGAUAGACGACAUCCUGGCAGUCGCCAGCAUCAAACCCACCGUCCUACAGGUAGAGAGCCAUCCCUACCUGGCUCAGGUAGAGCUGCUGGCCCACUGUCGGGACCGAGGCCUGGUGAUGACGGCCUACAGCCCCCUGGGCUCUCCGGCCCGGGCCUGGAAACAUCCAGAUGAGCCUGUUCUGCUUCAGGAGCCUGUCUUGGCCACACUUGCAGAGAAAUAUAAAAAGACUAUUGCUCAGAUCCUCCUCAGGUGGCAGACUCAACGAGGAGUGGUAACAAUCCCCAAGAGUGUGACGGAGUCCCGCAUCAAAGAGAACUUUCAGGUGUUUGACUUUACUCUUGAAGCCGAGGAAAUGAAAAGUGUUACAGCCCUGCACAAGGGCUGGCGCUACAUUGUACCAAUGAUCCAAGUGGGAGAAGAGCGUGUUCCCAGGGAUGCAGGACAUCCUCACUACCCUUUCAACGAGCCCUACUGACGACUCUCCCUCCAGCCUGAAUUUGUGCCUUUAACCACCCGACAACACCACAUCACCCUCCCGCUGAUCACUGAUAACUGUUCCUAGAUCCUGGCAUUGAAGUUUGUCUUUAGAUUAUGUCAAAUCCUGCUCUAAUCAUUAGAACAUUUCAAGUUACUGUUGGUGAUGAAGAGUGAAAAAUCUGGUAUGACUGUAUACAUACUACAUGUUAUUUUUUAAAUAAACAUUUUGUUACUUCA